GGGCGCGGGCGGGCGGGAGGAGGCUCGCAGUCGUCAGCCCACAGGUCGUCCUCGCGCCCGCAGGCCAGAGCCCAGAGACGGAGCCGAGGCCAGCGCCGUCGGGGUUCCGGGGACGCCGCCGCGGGGGCGCGGUCCGGGCGUGGCGGGGCCAUGGAGCUCUGGCCGUGGCUGACCGCCGCGCUGCUGCUGCUCCUGCUGCUCGUGCAGCUCAGCCGCUCCGCCAGGUUCUGCGCCAAGAUCACGCUGUACUGCGCGCUCUGCCUCUCGGCCUCCACGGUGGCCGCGGUCAUCUGCCUGCUGCGCCACCACGGCCCGACAGUGGAGAACAUGAGGAUCAUCAAAUGGUUUGUCUCAAAGUUUAAGUACAUAUUCGGCCUUCGUUUUGAGACAAAGGGUCUCCAGAAGCUGGAGGUGGACCACCCCUGUGUCAUCAUUUCUAACCACCAGAGCAUCCUGGACAUGAUGGGCCUGAUGGAGGCCCUACCUGAGCGCUGCGUGCAGAUUGCCAAGCGGGAGCUGAUCUUCUUGGGACCCGUGGGCCUGAUCAUGUACCUUGGGGGCAUCUUCUUCAUCAACCGGCAGCACUCCAGGACCGCCAUGACCGUGAUGGCCGAUGUGGGCGAGCGCAUGGUCAGGGAGAACCUCAAAGUGUGGAUCUACCCUGAGGGCACACGGAACGACAAUGGAGACCUGCUACCUUUCAAGAAAGGCGCCUUCUACCUGGCGAUCCAGACCCAGGUGCCUGUCAUCCCUGUGAUAUACUCCAGCUUCUCCUCCUUCUACAACCCCAAGACAAAGCUCUUCAGCUCAGGAACGAUCAAGGUGGAGGUGCUGGAUGCCAUCCCCACCAGUGGUCUCACUGUUGCUGAUGUCCCCAAGCUGAUGGAUACCUGCUACCAGGCCAUGAGGACCACCUUCUUCCGCAUAUCCAAGACACCCCAGGAGAACAGGGCGACUGCAGGACCUGGUUGCCAGCCAGCCCAGUAGCCGAGGCCUGGGGUGGGGCAGGACCCAGGGACAAGGCCUGGAUGGAGAAGGGACAGAGGGACCCCUUCCCCUGCCCUGGCUGCUUAGUUUCGCUGUGCCCUUCUCCCGAGGUUCCCCCGCUUUCAUUCGGGCCCUGGAUGCGGGAGGCUGCCUCCUGUCACUGGCCUCGGAUGUCCCCCCAAAAGGAGAGUCAGCUGGAACCUUCCCAAGAAGCCCACACUUGUGCCUCUCAGACUCGGGAGCAGGCGAAGGACCAGCUGGGCCGACAGGCAGGGCUGAGCUGCACGGCCUCGGGACGAAUGGCCAGGGCUGAGACGCUCUACCCUCCUGCCGCGGCCUGUGGGGCGUGGAGGCCGGCUGGGCGGCCGGUCCUCUGGGAGAAACGGGACUCUGCGGGGGCGGGGGGGCGGCUGGACACCCGGUCUUGUGCAACCUGGGGCCUCAGGGAGAGCACACAGCAGAGGUCCUUGCUCUGCUGGCCUUGGAAGCAAGCCACCCAAACAGGCACUGCACACCGUCCGUGUUUUAUAAUAAACAAACCCUUGGAAGCA